CACUUGGGAAUGUUGACCCGCCAUGGCCGCAAGUUACUGGUUCCUCACCAGGCGCAUAUUUGUUGAGAGCGAAGAUGGUGAGUCGUGGUACUACUCAUCUCCAGCACAGCUGGACGAGCUGCUAGAGUCUCUGGAUCCCACAGAGUUUGAGGCGCCACUGUGCCGUGAGAUCAACGACUUCAAGGACGAGAUCAUCCGCCAGAUGGAGCUCACGGAGGAAGAUCACAAACCAGCACAAGGGGAACAAGAAGUCCUACCUGGAGACAGAGAACAAUUACUUAAUGAAAAUGCAGAAGGAAAGGCAAAGAGAGACGAUUAAAAGAGGAAGAAGAAAAGAAGGAAAAAGAGAGACAAGAGGAGGAAGAGCGCAAGGAAAAGGAGAAGAAAGAGGAAGAAGAUAAGAAGAAAAUGGAAGAGGACCAAAGAGAGAAAGCAAGGCAGGAUGUUGAAGACAUGGUGCGGAAGAUGCAUUGAAGAAGCGGCCGGGAUGGUUCCUGGAGAUCCUGACCACAUUGCUGAGCUAGCUGUCG